UUUCGAUCGUUCGCACAUGGUCCGCGUUACGCUGGAAGCAUCGAAACGGUGGCGUGUACAAUUUUUUUGAACUUAAAGUUGAAGAAUUGGAGUCAAAGGUGGACUUCCACACCUUCAAUUUCCGCAAAUUUUUCCGGCCAUGACGGCUUGUCGUUCCCGUUGCAGCGAGUUUUUCCCGACUAUGCAGACAGCGCUGAGGAGUGGUUUUCCUGCCGGAUUUUGAAUGUUUUUUGCUUUUUGAUUUUUGAGUUUAUCGGGACCACGGCGAAGAAAGUGCUGCUCCCGCAGGGUUCGCGCGAUGUCACCCUUAGUACGAAUCAGCACGGUGGAAUUGCAGGUAGCAUUGAAACUAGGGUGAACCAACCGCUUCAAGACAAGUGGAUAGCCAGCCCUACCGCGACAGCCUAGCCCUAAUUAAAAGUUAUAAUAAAUUCACUGCAGCCCACGUUCUUUUAACCGAUUAACGCCCAUAGCAAGGACUCGCAAACGGGUUAGGCCGCGUCGGGUUGGUUGGAAAUGUAUUACCCUCUUCCCGCUCGUUAGCUUUGCUAAAAGUGAGACGCAUGCAAUAUUUAACCCGUCCAGCAUCGAGUGUGUUUUGUGUUAACCAGUGCAAACGCUGAAGGGUGCCUCAAAUCCGUGGUUGAGACUUCCGUGUCAUAUCAAGUAUUACAGGUGAAUAAGGAAAGAUAAGGAAGUCGCAUAUCAAAGAAAUCAAGUGAAAGAGUGUGAAGGCUUGUGCAAAGUACAUGGAAGUGUGAAAGGCUGUUAUGUGCUCCAAUUAUCUACAGAAAGUAGUUUCAGCGAAAAAAACACAGGAAUUAUAUAUAUAAUCAUCAAAUAUCCAGCGCCCAUUCAGCAAUGAAAAAACGAAAGGUCUUUGAAUGUCUUCGUUCAUGGAAAGCGUGAAUAUCAGUGGAGAGGAGGACUCGCAGCGAACUUUCGGAAGAGCAAUGCAACCACCCCUUCUCGAAUGUCGUGGACAAAAGCUCACGGUACACAUUACUUACGAGCCUUUCGGAAAAUUCUCGUGUGUGGUGGCAUCUGAAUGACAUAGAAAACUAAACUACAGCCAUGAAUCUUAAUAUGGAUUCAGAGAACCGUGUGGUUCUAAACGUGGGCGGUAUCCGCCACGAAACAUACAAGGCCACCCUGAAGAAGAUACCCGCCACCCGAUUGUCCAGACUGACCGAAGCUCUGGCGAACUACGAUCCAAUCCUGAACGAAUACUUCUUCGACAGACAUCCUGGCGUGUUCGCCCAAGUGCUCAACUAUUACCGAACAGGAAAGUUGCACUACCCCACGGAUGUUUGUGGACCAUUGUUCGAGGAGGAGUUGGAGUUUUGGGGUUUGGAUUCGAACCAAGUUGAGCCAUGUUGCUGGAUGACUUACACGCAGCACAGAGAUACUCAGGAAACAUUAGCAGUCUUAGAUAGAUUAGAUCUAGAUACGGAAAAGCCAUCAGAGGAGGAAGUGGCACGUAAAUUCGGUUUCGAAGAGGACUAUUAUAAAGGAACAUUAUCAUGGUGGCAGAAUAUAAAACCUCAGAUAUGGUCCCUGUUCGACGAACCAUAUAGUUCCAAUGCAGCCAAGAUAGUCGGAGUAGUAUCAGUAUUUUUUAUAUGCGUGUCGAUAUUAUCGUUUUGCCUUAAAACUCAUCCGGAUAUGCGGGUGCCGGUCAUUAGGAAUAUAACAGUGAAGACAGCCAAUGGCAGCACAGCAUGGGUACUAGAUAAGACGCAAACUAACGCCCACAUAGCCUUUUUCUACAUUGAGUGUGUGUGUAAUGCUUGGUUUACUUUAGAAAUUUGGGUAAGGUUCAUCUCAUCGCCGAACAAGUGUGAUUUUAUAAAGUCAUCCGUUAACAUAAUCGAUUACAUAGCUACGCUUAGUUUUUAUAUUGAUUUAGUGCUCCAAAAGUUCGCCUCGCAUUUGGAAAACGCAGAUAUCUUGGAGUUCUUCUCGAUAAUACGUAUCAUGCGAUUAUUCAAGUUGACAAGACAUUCGUCCGGUCUCAAAAUUCUUAUACAGACGUUUCGUGCGUCGGCCAAGGAGCUGACCCUCCUAGUGUUCUUUUUAGUGUUAGGUAUUGUUAUUUUUGCCAGUUUAGUAUAUUACGCGGAGAGGAUACAGGCGAAUCCGCACAAUGACUUUAAUAGUAUACCGUUGGGUCUAUGGUGGGCUCUAGUUACGAUGACCACCGUGGGCUACGGAGAUAUGGCUCCAAAAACGUAUAUCGGUAUGUUUGUUGGAGCAUUGUGUGCUUUGGCUGGUGUAUUAACGAUUGCACUGCCCGUGCCCGUCAUUGUUAGCAACUUUGCAAUGUAUUAUUCACAUACGCAAGCAAGGGCUAAGUUACCAAAGAAAAGGAGGAGAGUGCUGCCUGUGGAACAACCGCGACCGCCCAGAAUACCAGGUCAACCAGGAGUUGGGGGUGGUUGCGGAACACCUGGCUCGGGGCCACACUCUGGAGCUCCCGGCUCGGGAGGUACGGGACCGCGAAGGAUGAAUGCAAAUAAAACUGGUGCGAAAGAUUUAGUUAGUCCGAAAUCAGGUCCAAUUGGUGCUAGUAUUGUUGCAAUCAGUCCUAGAACAGUUUUGGAUUUGAAUCCAGCUUUAGCAAUGAGUAAACCAAAUUUCGAAUCGAAAGGACCUCCGAUUACUGCAAGAGAUGUUAAAACGAUGGAUAACAGUGGCAAAAGUUAUCUUUAAUAUAUGAACUUGUAUGAAUGAAAUUCAACGUAGAAAAGACUAAAAGUAUAGAGAUAAAAUUACACAUAAACAUAUGAUUCAAUAUACACUCAGUUCAAUGAAUUGAACCAGAGAAUCAUUAAUUAAAAAACACAGUGAAACUGAUGUCCGAAAGCUCAGUCUAGCUGUUACAUGUAAAAAGGACGAAGAGCUUAAAGUUAUUUUGCAAUGUUACCACCAAUCAUACCGUCAGCAGUAACUUCCAUCGUCCUCGAAGAUAAAGAAAUCGUAUCACUAAUGAAGAAAUGACGUUCAAUGUCUUCAGCUGAGAGUAACUUAUAACAGACAUAGAAUACACGCCAGGAAAACAUAAACCACGGAUUUUUUAUACCACCUUAAUGUGAAACAACCAACAGAAAGCAUCACAUGUUUGAUAAGUCGAAUAUAGAAUUUGUAAGCUGCCCGCAUAAAUCCACAGUUAGGUAUCAGUGCUGCUACUUGUAAAUUCGAAAAGUAUCUUAGAAAUAUCAAAAAUUCAAACAACUGCUGUAGAAUCAAGCACACCAUAACUAUACAUUAAGGCAAUACACCCACUUUAAUCCAAGCGUAGCUAAAAACAUAUGAAGAAAUUUACUAAAAAUUUUGCUAAUUAAAUUACUAAUGAAAUUAGUAAAAACGUAUGCAAUCAGAUAUAAAAUAAUUGAAAAUAACUCAUUUAUCAAACGCAUAUGUAAUAAAUCAAAAAAGUCAAAACAUAUAUUUAUUUAGAUAGCCAUUUUUUCAUAUAAACCGUAACUAUAAAAAUACACUCGGACUUAAAAGCAUGUGUACAUAAAGUAAAUAAAGUAAAAGAAGUAAAUUUAACUAUGUUUGAAGGACGUCGUGAGUGUAAAUAAUGGCAAACUUUGCACACCUUUUUCAGAGUUUAGGAAAUGUUAUCAUUAUUUUAGGACUUUGUAGUUAUCUCCUUUCGAAGGUUUUAUGUAUUAUAUACUAAAUAAGUAAAAAGCACAUUCACCGUGGAGGAUCGAAAACUCUGAAGAAAUGUAUAUAAAAGUGAAGCAAUACACAAGGGACUAUUACUAACACUAUAUCUCCUUUUCUUGGAUAGAAAUUAACACAUACUUAAUACAUAUUAUAUAUACAUAUUAAUAUCAGACCAUUAUUGACCCGUUUAAUCUUGUUUUAUGAUAUGCAAAUGGGAAAGCGGAAGCAAAACGAUCAAGUGAAAAAUAUCAUUUUACCUAAAAAAUAAAAUUCAAUUAACCAUUGUUAGACA